UGAAAAGGGUGUACAUAGAAGAAAAUUGAGAGAGUAUAUAUUAUGGACCCAUUUUAGAAGACAUAAUUUUGAGCCUUUUGAAUUGAGUGACCAAGAAAGUGCGUAACAAUUUGACAAAAAAAAAAAUGCCAAAGAAAUUUGCUUCUUAUUCUUCAAGUCAAUUAUCAAAUACUAAUCCAAAGAAAACCCCUCUUCAUCAUAUGAUCUUGUGUUCACAAAAUAAGUAGAAAUUUCCCAGAAAAUAAUCUUAAUUACCCCUUUUCAUAAGUUAAUCCAUGGUUAGAUUAUAGAAGACUUUUUAAGUAGUUUCCGUUUCCUCUUUUUCUUUUCCUUCCAUUUUUGUCUUUGCUAUAAUUGGAAUUUACAGUAUUGCUUGAUAGAGUUAAUCAUGGGAAAUUGCUGGGAUUCUCCAGCUAAAAAGCCUACAACUCCUAGCACUGUUGGAAAAAUUAGUUCAGAUAUAUCAUCAUCUAAUGAUAGUCAAACUACAUUAAUAACAAGUAGCAAUAUUUCUAGCAAGAGCCACUUUUCAGCAUCUAGUAAUGAUGAGGUAUUUCCUGAUGGGCAACUUUUACCCACACCCAAUCUUAGAGAGUUUACCUUCCAAGAAUUAAAAUAUGCUACAAGGAACUUUAAAGCUGAUAAUUUACUGGGGGAAGGAGGGUUUGGAAGGGUUUACAAAGGUUGGCUUGAGAGCAAGCAUCAAACUAAGAGUGGUAGCGGUUUGGUUGUCGCGAUUAAGAAACUCAAUUCCGAAAGCUUACAAGGUUUCGAAGAAUGGCAGUCUGAAGUUGGUUUCUUAGGAAGGCUAUCGCACCCAAAUUUAGUCACCUUAAUUGGGUACUGUUGGGAAGAUAAAGAACUCCUACUCGUGUAUGAAUUUAUGCAGAAGGGAAGCCUAGAAAACCAUCUAUUGGGACGGGGUUCUGCAGUUCAACCACUCCCAUGGCACUUAAGGCUAAAAAUCAUCAUCGGAGCUGCUCGGGGAGUUGCUUUCCUACACUCCUCUGAUGAUCGUGUCAUCUAUCGGGAUAUAAAAGCUUCAAACAUACUUCUUGACGGGGCUUACAAUCCCAAAAUAUCUGAUUUCGGCUUAGCAAAAUUGGGGCCUUCGGCUAGCCAGUCUCAUGUUACAACCCGGGUUAUGGGAACCUAUGGAUAUGCUGCUCCCGAGUAUAUUGCCACAGGUCACUUAUAUGUAAAGAGCGAUGUGUACGGAUUUGGAGUUGUGUUAGUUGAGCUUCUUACUGGCCUAAGGGCACUCGAUACGACACGCCCUACAGGAAAACAUAAAUUGGUUGAUUGGAUCAAACCCCAUUUAUCUGAUAAGAGAAAGCUAAAGAGCAUUAUGGAUACAAGAUUGGAGGGAAAGUAUCCAGCAAAAGCAGCGGUAGCUACAGCCGAACUUGCUCUGAACUGUCUUGCUCAAGAUCCCCGAGAUCGACCCUCAAUGCAAGAAGUUGUAGAGUCUUUAGAGAAAAUUCAGUGCAUGGCUCAAGAAAAACAAAAGGUGCCUAAGAGAAGCUCAACAAUUCCUUCUCGUCCCCGUGGACAUCACCGAGAAAAUGGUGUAAAAUCUCAUCAGAAUUCUAUGCAAUCGCGUUGACAAUGGCUCUAUGAAGUGUAUGAAUUGGUUUAUAUCUAUCAAGUAUAUCGUUUUAGGCCAAACUAUGAUGUUCUUAAGAGGAACAAUACUAAAAUAGCUAGUUUUACAUUUGUUAUUCAAUGACUUGAUAUAUUUGUAACUAUUCACGCUAUACUACGUUUAAUUUGUAAGUUAGAAAAAUGUAAUUGGAUCGUCUCUAAUAAAUCGCCACACUUUAUUUUAAUUUUACAACAUUUGUAUUUGAAUAGUGUUCCUACCAUUUUUAUAAUUAUUUUUUACUCUUUCCUGUUAAU